AUGAAUCAGCUACUUCUUAUUUCCAUCGCCUUUCUGGUUAUAUGUAAGUUAUUUCAUUUAAACACUGUAGGUGGGGGAAAACCAACAUUGACUGGUUCCAAUCAUUUCUCCAUCCAUCUACCUACCCAUAAAUCCAACCACAUUCCAUCCUUCUGUCUGUUGUUUGUCUGUCCAUCCAUUCAUCCAACCAACCACCAAACUAGUGACCACCAAACCAGUAACCACUAUCCAGGGCCGGCGCUACCAGUUAGGCGGACUAGGCAGCUGUCUAGGGCGCCCCUUGGGAAGGGGCGCCGCCAGGAGCGCCGGCCCCCCUCAUGCUGCAGCUGCUCGAGCGCUCUGCAGAGAACCUCAGGCGGCUGCAGCUUUGCCUGGGCUGGUGCGUCCAUGAGGAGAGGGGCUGACAGGAGGGAAGCGCUCAGCGCUCAGCGCUCAGCGCUCAGCGCUCCCUCCUGUCAUUCCCUCACUGUAGCGUGGCCGAGCCCUGUAUGGUCCGCGGGUACAGGGAGCAUUUGUCUCCUGUACCCGGCCGGACUAACAGGAAGUGCGCACUGAGUCACUUCCUCACUGUAGAGUGGCCGAGCCCUGUAUGGUCAGCGGGUACAGGGAGCAUCUGUCUCCUGUGCACUUCCUUUUAGUCUGGCCGGGUACAGGAAACAAAAGCUCCAUGUACCGGCGGACCAUACAGGGCUCGGCCACGCUACAAUAGAGGUAUGGAAGGGGGGAGAAAGAAAUUGAAGGGGGGAGAAAGAAAUUGACGGGGGAAAUUGACAGAGAAAUUGACAGGUGGAGGGAGGGGGAAUGAGAGUAGGCAGGGGGAGGGGAGAAGAGAGGGAGGAGGGGGGAGAAGAGAGUGACAAAGGAGGGGGGGAGAAGAGAGUGACAAGGGAGGGGGGAGAGAUUGACAUCGAUCACGCACACACACACACACACACACACACACAAUCACACACAAUGCACCCCUUACACACAAUGUAUCCCUUACACACAGAGAAACACACAAUGCAUCCCUUACACACACUCAAUGCACCCCUUACACACACUCAAUGCACCCCUUACAGACGCACACACUGCAUCCCAUACAUACACAGAAACACACCUUGCAGCCCAUACACAUACAAACACAGAUUCACACAAUGUAUUCCUUACACACAUAUCAGGACAUCCCCUACACACUCCAGACUGCAGCUAGAGCCCAUCAUCAUCCUCAUCUGAUUGUAAGUAGGCAAUCUAGUAUAUUAUUCAUGGCACUAAUCUCUAAUUUACCUCACAUUAAAUAAACACUAUAGUCCCCAGAACCACUGCAGCUUAAUGUAGUGGUUCUGGUGUCUAUAGUCUGUCCCUCCAUGCCUUUCAAUGUAAACACGGCGGCACUGCAGCACUGGCGUUAGUUAACAUGGCAAAUCAUAUGGGUGGGGCAUUGUGAUGUCACAUGGGGGGCGGCAAACUUUACUUUUGCCUAGGGCGGCAAAUAUCCUUGCACCGGCCCUGCCACUAUCCACUCAAUUCAUCCCUCCACCCUCAAAUCUAUUAUGUCUUCAUCUCCCCAUAAGUCUAUCCAUCUACUGCUUUCUCCUCCAUCUAUCAUAUGUACUCUAUCCAGAACCCAUCUCUUUCUCUCUCUGUUUUCCUCUCUUUUGCCAUACAUGCUUUAUUUUAUCCCUGGGCAUUCAAAGGUGGACUUAGAAGUGCAUGAUUUCCCAAACAACACCAACAUUGUUUUCCUUGUAUUUCUGUACAGAUGAAAAACCAAUGGUUUUUGGACUUUCUUCAAAUGUCGGAAGCAAUAGUGAAAUCGGGACUGAAAUUACAUUGGAUGGUCAGUAGAAUGUUGAUGGCACAUGGGUCAUAUAACAGUUUUUGUGUGGUGGGGAGAAUGUGCAUGCUUAGUUAUGUUGUAUAUGCAGUCUUUUUUCAAAAUUCUUUAUUUUAUUUUUUAAACAAUUACAUGAGGAAGACCUGGGACAUAACAAGAAAAGGAAAAUUGGAAUAAUCAGGGGGGCCAGGAUAAAAACUAACUGACUAACUAACAUUUAAUGAUAAUAGGAAAAAAAUGAGACAAAGUCAGAUAACUUUGGGUGGCCCAUUAGUAGGGUUAGUGCGUGCUCUAUUAGCCAAUGUGACUAUUACCUUAUAAGUGAAGUGCUCCACCAAUUACUAAACUUGGAGAUUUGAUUUGGGCCAAACUGUAAUUCAUCUGUAUUUUGCCGAUUGGGUGAUUGCCUUUUAGUCGAAUUCCUGAAACACUGAACUAAUUCUGAACCCCGAAUUGGGAACCAACCAAAAAGCUCAAUGGCAAAUUGUUCAUUUUGGUUCAUGAUUCUUAAUUCUGCCCAUAGCACCACAAAGAGAUACUUGAAGGGGGGAAAAAAUGACUGAUGGCUAGGGGACUGUCACUAACUUUUCAUUUUAUUCAGUGAUCAAUUGAAAAGUGAGCAAUAGAAGGAUAAAAAGGAGGGGGCAGUAAAAUAUGAAAAUCCAUAUUUGUAUAUUAUAUAUUUAUAUCCAUAGAUUAUUUUUUUUGCUCCUCUUGUUUUUCCCUUUAUUUUUUACUUUUUCUCACUUGCUCUGGUGGGAAAAGAUCCUGUCAGUGUCCUGCAAAAUAUAUCCAUAGUCUUAUUAUGUAUAUAUUUUGCAGCACACUGAUUGGCCCAUUUUCACUUCUUUUAUGUUUUUCUGAUUCAUUUCCUGACUUAAAAUCUUGAUUCCAAAAUUCUGCCCAGCUGAAGGGACAUUCCUCAGAAUUUUGAGUGUUCCUAAAAUUUUCUAUCUUUGGUCAAAAUGGUUUGGCUGAGCAGAAUUUACUUGCUGUGCUUACAGUACCAGUUUGUGACCGGGCCUUAAGAGUAAUAAAGUUGUUAUUACAUAUUCUUUUAGCAGCUCAAAUGGGGAUUGCAUCUGCUUGGAAAUGUGCAAAACCACCCACUAGUUCAGAAGUGAUUUCAUCUUCAUUGUACUUUCUAUGAAAACCUCAAUAUAAAUUAUACAUGGGAAAACUAUGAGUGAACAUAGUUCUAGACUACUUUGAUGUUUUUGGCGAACUGCUCUAGCCCCUGUGUUGCAACUUCUUGAGAAGUCUUCAUUACAUCAACAGUGACUCUGCUUGCAAAACUGUGUGCAGUGAUGUAUGUUAUGUAAUUGGCGAAAUUAGUGUAUUAAAUAAAUUAUAUGAGAAGCUGACUUUUUAUGAGACACCCCUAAUAUACUAUAAAUGUGUUUUGUCUUUUUAGAAACUGAGAAGAAGACAGUUCACAGACGUUCCGUAGAUGGAACUUCUACAAGCUUCAACACCUAUGUGUAGGUUUUAGAAAAUACUAAAUUUUACUACAUUUUGUAGAAAACUCACAGUAGGGCUACUUGUUUCAUGGCAAGGAUGGCAUGAAAUAAUAAUGUGGGCAAUUAUUUCCUAUAUGAAGUCAGACAUGAUAGAAGAUGAAAGAAAAAAAGUUACCUGUGCUCUUUCCCAAAUCCCUAUGUAUAUUUAAACAAAUUGAGGUUUUUAGUUACCUCCAAUGGCCAUGAGAGGGUAUGCCCACCUGCCACGUGAAGGCAGACGUCUUAGGUGGGUCCUAACUCUAACCAUUCACCUUGCUUUCUUGAGCUUCUGGCAAAGAUAUCUCUAAUGAGACAAAAAUUAUAGAAGAUUAGUUGAAGAUUAUUCGACUCAUGGUUAGGAAGGAAAUCUUUUUUCUUUUUAUUAUAUUCUUUUUUAAUUGUUUUUUCUGCGUGGUGUAUUUUAUUUAUGUUAUCUUUACAUUGUUUACUAGGUCAUGGUCCAAUGAAACCUUCUGGAAUUCAUCUGCAGAAAACAACAAUACUGUCCCAAAAGCAGGAUCAAAUGUUGUGAUCCCUUCAGGUACUUUGUAAUAAUCUUUUCAAUAUAUACUUUAAGGAAAAAUGUAAUCAAUAAAUAUAAACAUUUUAUAUAUAUAUAAGGAUAGUUAAUACAAUGCUAAACAAAAAUCUGCACACCAGUCAUUAUAUAUAUAUAAUGUAGUUUUAGACACAUUUUGUAUAUUUCCAUAACUAAUGAUUUGACAUUUACCAUGCACAUAAUGUGAGCAACAUACUGUAUACGAUCGAUCUAUCUAUCUAUCUAUCUAUCUAUCUAUCUAUCUUCUCUGGCCUAUGCCACUAACUCUCUGCUUCCUGCAUCAAAGAAAAUAUUUCCAAGUGCAAUUAAACAAUUGUAAUAGUAUUUAAAGAAUGCAGGAAUAAAAAUGGCCAUAAUUACUUUCUCUCUAAUCUUUGUUAAUUUGUCUGGCACACUCACAGUUUUGACACUGUCAUUUUUGGCACUGACAAUUUUGAAAUGUAUAUUUAUGUGGAGUAAUCAUUUUACUUAGCUUUGUACGUAUGAGUAUGUGCCUGUAGAUAAUUACUCAGAACUGAGUCACAAUUAUUUUUAGAAUUGUCAUUCUAUAGCGAGCUUAAGCUAUAAUUAUAAUGUGAUCUCAUUAGUAAUAUGGUCCUUACUUUGCUAGGUAUAUACGUGACGGCUGACAUUGCUCUGCCCUCAUUGAACACACUGACUAUUUAUGGAGCCUUGGAGUUAAAACCCCUCACAAACACUGAAAAAAAUGGAGCCGUUACUAGUAUUCCAACUAUACUCAGUGCCACCUAUAUAUAUAUACAGGUAAGGACAAUCAAUAUAUUUUCUACUCUCUCCAUUCAUCCGUCUGUCCAUCCAUCCAUCCACAAAUCUUCUUAUUGUUAUAAUGAUAUAUUUGCACUCUAUAAUCUGUAACUAUUUUUACUUUUGGAAAGGGUGGUCUCUUAAUGGCAGGAAAUGAAAGUGAUCCCUUCCUAGCAGAGUUAAAGAUUAUCCUAAGAGGAAAUCAAUCAAGUCCUAAUAUGUCAUUGCCAAGUGGAAAUAACAUUGGCUCAAAAUUUAUCGGUAAGCACAAUUGUUUAUUAUAUAUAUAUAUAUUGUAAAGUUCUCUUUAUCUAUUGCAAAUAUGUUGGCUAAAUAUAUUGCUCCUAAAUAUAUUUAGCAAUAAUUUAUUUAACUAUAUUAAAUCCCAAUCUCUCCCCUAUCCAAUAUUAUCUCAAACACUGGAAUGAAAAAAUACUGUGAAUAAUGUUUUAAUGCCCCUUUUGUGAGUCUCACAGGGCUAUUCAAUAAAGUGAAAAUUGUUUCAAAUUUAAAGUGAAUUUCACAUUUAUGUCUAAAAUAGCCAAACUGUUAGAAAAGCUGUGUUUAAGAAUAUUUCCAAUCUGGUUGUUUUGUCCUUUAAAUUUAAUUUUCAAUUCACAUGAAUACAAUUUAGCAUACACAAAUAACUAUUCUUUGAUCCCCUUCUCAGUAAUCUCCUACAUAUUUGGAUGAGCAGAAUUGAUAUAUUCUUAACUUCAUCUUAACUCCGUCUGUGAUCUGCUCUGUACCCCAACACUAACAGGGUUAUGUACUAAAGUGUGAAUUAAUUUUUCCGGUUCAAUUAGUUUGGCCUUUCAUUUGAUAUUCACAUUGAAUUAAUUUAAUUCUCACGUUAGUAAAUAACUCUGUAAGUGUUUGCAUUGUUUGAAAAAAGGAAAAAAGUCUCUCUACAUUCAUUAAAGUUAAAAAGUUGUUUUUUUAUUACAGAGGCUCAAAAUAUGUAGAAAACCCUAGUUAGGAAUCCAUUACAUGGUUAUAGAAUGAUCUCUGUGAGACCAUUCUUAGUUGUAAUAUAAUAUGUAAUGUUAUGUAAAGCACCUUCAUCAGACCUAUCACAGUGUCAGAUGGAUCUCCAGUGAUCUGGUAAAGCAGUGUUAUUGCAGUAAACAUUCAAUUAUGGGGAUGUGUUUAAGGCUAGACUAAUAAUAGAGCCUUCUUUCAACAAUAAAAUGGAAUGGGUAUUACAUUUUAGGUUUCAUUCAAGGGGUUUCUGUGUAUGGUAUCUUUUAUGUAUGAUGUAUUUAAUUUUCAUUCAUGCACUUUAUUUGUCCAGGUGUGUUUGGCCAGCUGCAGCUUCAUGGAUUACCACGUUCAGUGUAUAAAACAAAACUGGCCCAAACCGCAGUAGCUGGGUCUACGAACAUUUCAUUAUCAGAUCCAGUAGAUUGGAAGGUAAAUAUGUUCUUGUGAAUUUUAUCACAGCGCAGCCGAAUAUUUAUCACUAGACUUUGUUUCGGUCAAAACUAUAAUAUAUCUUAAUUUAGCCCAAUUGGGUGAUGGGUGAAAUUCUUGGACUCCGAGCGGCAACGUACCAUGUAUUUCAUAAAUUUAAAAUAUAUAAAUAUAUAUUUUUUUAUUAUUAUUAUUAUGCUACACAUCUCCCUCUAUUGGUUACUUUUCCCCACUUGAACACUGAACCAAAUAGUAUGAAAAUGCUACUUUCAGUUUACUGCAAAAUCUAUAAAUAAUACUAUUAUGUUAUAUAGUGUAUAUUUAUAUAGUGUAUAUUUGGCACUACACUGAUUGGGAAAUUUCAAUUUUCUUUUUGUUUCUCUGAUUGGGCCAUUUUCAUUUUCUUUUAGUUACUUUUUAGUUACUUCCUGAAUUUGUAUUUUGGUACUGAAUUCUGCCAACUUAAACCGACAUAUGACUGAGAUUUAGGCAUCCUUAAAAAAUGUAUGUUUUGAGGGGAAAAGGCUUUGGUAAAGUCAAAAUCUAUUGCCUGCACAAGUCACUGAUACUUUUAAUUUAUCCAUACGGUAAUACAGAGCUGUGGAAAAGGAAUAUUAUGCCAAUAUAUAAGGGCAUUUUCUUAACCCCUUAACGCCGUUACGGCGUUCUAUGCCGUCCCGCAUUUAAAGGGCUUUCUGCCCCUGGAGAUCGGAGGUACUUACCUCUGCUGUGAUCCUCUUCUGGAGGGCUGCCUGACAGCCCAGGCAGCCCUCCCCCAGCAAAUGAGGCCCCCAGGGGCCAUGUGAUCGCUCCCAAAGAGCGAUCACAUGGCCCCCUGUAGCUGGCUGUGGAUCUGCCAGCAGGGGGACUGUCUGAAGUAAAAAAAAAUAAAAAAAUUAAACAUGUUUAAAAUAAAUGAAAAGUAUUUUUAUAUAUAUAUAUAUAAUAUAUGUAUAUCUAUUACAUAUAUAAUAUAUAUAUAUAUAUACAUAUUAUAUAUAUGUAACAUCAUACGUAAUGUAUGUUAAUAUUAAUAUAAGUACAUAUAUUAGUAUUAAAAUACACUUAGAAUGACGUUACAUAUAUAUAAUAUGUAUAUAUAUUAUAUAUAUAAUAGAUAUAUACACAUAUAUUAUAUAUAUAUACACGUAUAAUUACAAUAAUAAAUAAAUAAAAUAAUAAAAUAAAUAAAAUAUUGAAACAAAAUUUAAUAUAAAUUAUAUAUUCAUAUGUAAUUUCAUUCUAACUGUAUUUUGUUAUUAAUAUAUAUAUAUUGGUAACAAAAUAAACUUAGAAUGACAUUCUGUAUAUAUCUAUCUAUAUAUAAAAUACAAAUAACCGCAAAUAUAUAAAUAGAUAAAUACAUAUAAUUACAUAAAAGAUUACAUUAGUAUACACGUAAAUUUUACAUUCCUAUAAAUGCAUAUAUAUUAAAAUUCUACGUGUAUAUUUGAGUAAUCUUUUAACAUAAUUAUGUGAUUUGAAUAAUUAAAAUUUGAUUGACAUGCCUGACAACACAGGGAGAAAGUGCAAAGAAUUUAAUUCGCAAGCACUAUAUUUGACCCUGUAACUCUCCAAGACACCAUAAAACCUGUACAUAGGGGGUACUGUGUUACUUGGGAGACUUCGCAGAACUCAAAUAUUAGUGUUUCAAAAUGAUAAAUUGUAUUACAGCGAUGAUAUUUUAAGUAAAAGUGAAGUUUUUUGCAUUUUUUACAAACGAACUGCACUUUUAUGGUCUAUAUUAUUGUUGUAAUAUGUUUUAUUGUUUUAAAACACUAAUAUUUGUGUUUAGUGAAGUCUCCCGAGAUUAACAGUACCACAUAUGUACAGGCUUUAUGGUGUUUUGGAAAGUUAGUCACAUAUAAGGCUUGCAUUUCAUUUUUUGACAUUAAAAUUUGCCAGAUUGGUUAUGUUGCCUUUGAGAGCGUAUGGUAGCCCUGGAAUGAGAAUUACCCCCAUGAUGGCAUACCAUUUGCAAAAGUAGACAACCCAAGGUAUUGCAAGUGGGGUAUGUCCAGUCUUUCUUAGUAGCCACUUAGUCACAAACACUGGCCAAAUAUUAGUUUUUUGCUUUUUUCACACAAACACAAAUAUGAACGCUAACUUUGGUCAGUGUUUGUGACUAGGUGGCUACUACAAAAGACUAAACAUACCCCACUUUCAAUACCUUGGGUUGUCUACUUUUUCAAAUGGUAUGCUAUUAUGGGGGUAAUUCUCAUUCCUGGGCUACCACACUGUCUCAAAGGUAACAUUACUAAUCUGUCAAAUUUCAAUUUGAAAAUGGAACGUUCUGUAUUUGACCCUGUAACUUUCCAAAACACCAUAAAACCUGUUAAUGGGUAACAUCACUGAUUACAAUGUAACAUCACUGAUUACAAAUAUGUGCAUUUUGUUUGCAGUAUUAUGACAUUAACAGCUAAAAUGUCAGAUGGAAAUACAAUUAUUUUUAAAAAAAAUCUUAUUUUCUCACUUUUUUUUUAAUUUUAUUCAUAAUAAAUUAUGUUCCAUAUAUGAAUAGUUAAUGAUAAAUUAAAGCCCUGUUUCUCCUGAAUAAAAUUAUAUAUAAUAAGUGUGGAUGCACUUAAUGUGACAGCGGUGAAUUACGGUUGAACAGACGUAUAGCGCAAAUUCCAGUUUUUGUUUACGUUUUGUUGUGAUCGGAACGUGCACUACUGACUCCGUCCUGAAAGGGUUAAAAAAAUCUUUACAUAUGUACAUGCAAGAGAUUUCAACUAAACUACAAUGCAAAACAAACAACUAAUUUUUUAUUUUAUUUUUUAAAUAUUUAUCAAUCUGACAGGUUGGAGAAUACAUUCUAAUAACAACAACUAGUUACAAUGCGUCGCAGAGUGAAAUCAGACAAAUUUCUGGCAUUUCCGAUGACCACAAAAACCUCACCUUAAAUGCCUCCCUCACUUUUACUCACAUAGGUAAGUGACAAAGUCUGAAUGGGGUAAAUAUUUAAUGAAAGUGGAUAUGUCAUUUUUUUCAAAACAAUACAAAUAUUAUUUGGAGUUAUUGAUCUUUUAAUGCUGUAUGUUUUCUUUAAGUAUUUGGUUUGCUAUAUGUUUACACUAUAGACUUUGUUUUCUGACCACCGGCUAAACCCCAAUCAGAAUGUACAUACAUUUCUAAUAUUUAAAAGAGCACUUUAAUUACUAUAGCCUCUGAAGCUCACUGUAGUGGUCAUGGUGGUUAUUGUGUACUGAGCCCCUAUGUAAACUAAUUUUUCAGUGGUUUCAUAAAAACAGCGGCAGAAGCAGCAACAACUUAAAGAAACAACAACAUGGAAAGAAAUAAUUAACAAUAGUGGUUAUGGUGCCUGGAGUGCCCUUUUAAGCUACACACUUUUCACAACGUUCUCACUAUGUUAUAAACUAACUUUUGAACUGUAGCAAAUGAAAAUUCAAAUAGCAAAAUGUACGAUGAUUUAGAAUAAUUCCCAGUUCAGCUACAAUCACUUAUUUUAUAUUAUUUUAACCUUACAUUUACCAUUCCAGUUUAAAUUUGCUUCAAUUUAGGGUUUAAUGUAUAAACUAUAUUAUGUACAAUUUAAGGUUUAGAUGACUUCAGCCAUCAAUUAGGUUGUAUUGCAGGGAAAGGCAAUUAGCAUUAUUAUUACGAUUAACUUUCUGAAGACAGGAAAGGGAGCAUUUGAUUUUAAUUAUUCACUGCAUAUACAAUACCAAAAUGUAUUUCUCUUUUUCUAUAAAACAUAUCUGCAUCAUGUGAUGAAAGUCAAAUCACUGUAAUCAGUAGUUACAGUGAAUUAUUAAUGAAAGAAUAAGACUGGCCGGUAAAACUGGCUCGCUAAUAUUCACAUUUUGAAUGCAUUUUACUUGCAGGGGAGACCUAUCGCAUCGACAACACAACAACAAAUUAUACUCUGGCAGCUGAUGUCGCAGUGUUGAGCAGAAACAUUCAAAUAAUUGGCGAGAAUUACAAUGAGUCAUUCGGAGCUCGAGUACUUGUUGGUGCUUUUACAAACAACAAUAUCACAUAUAAAGGUAUAGUAAAUGAUGUUCAUUGGGUAUAUUUAUUUGUGUAGGCAUAAUGUGCUACAGAUUUGCAUUAGUAGCUUGUUUAAAAAAAAUUAUUUUUAUUAUUAAAAAGAUAGGUGGGUGGAGAGCUACUCUAACUGCUCAUCUAUACCUGAAUGCGGCAGAUUUGAUUCCGUAAAGAAUGUGAACAUGUUCAGUAGAGUGUGGUUUAUUAAAAUUUUAUAAGUGGUACAUGGGGUCAUGUUGAUGUUUUGUAGUUGAGUGUUAUAUUAAUUAUAUAGGUAUUUAAGUGUUUAUCAUAUAGGGGGUAGUGUAUGUACAUUAUACAUGGACGAAAAUACCAUGGUGGGGAAUAGGACCAUGUUUUUCGGCCUACUUUUUGUUUGACGAUAUGGCCCUAUUUGUGGUCUAUUUUGGGAGAGGCGUUAUGACAUAGUAUAGCAAAAGCAUUUUUCAAUAUUCUAGGAGAACACAAAGGAGUUAGUAAGAAAAAUAGAUUGGAAUAAAAGUAAGAAUGGUUGGUUAUAAAGAGUGUAAAUCAAUUCAGAAAAACAAGAUGAUCAUUCUCUCAAUUUCCUUUUCAUUGUACAAUUUUUAUGUUUUGAAGGAAGUGCAAAAAUUGAAAAUGUAGAAUUUUAUCAUAGUGGUCAGAAAAGCUUCACUGAUCCAUCCGAUCCACGAUACUAUGUCACUUUUCUCAAUCUUGGAGUGGUAAUUAUUUUUUCAUUAUAUUUAGACAAUGUUAGAAUUUUAAUUGCUUUCCUGAAAUAAUGUAUGCAUUUUUAAUAUAUUACUUAGUGUUAAAAUACAAUGAGGAAAAUUAAGAAAACCUGCUAGUGUUGUUUCUGUAAGCACUUUGAUGUAGAGUGCAUAUCUCAAUCCCUGGUUAGGAAAAUUGAUUUAGAACAGUUUGUUUAUGGGGCACAACUUGAACUGAGCUCUCUCUUCUCCCAGGAGAUAAAUCUGACAUGUGGACUGCCCAUGGCAGACCAUUCCUCCCCCAACUGGUACGCACAGUCUGAUAUAGUAUACUUUGAACCAGGCAAUGUGUACACGGAUAUAGUAUGGUUGCUAUAUGUGUAGUAUAUUUUAUAUCAGUGAUGAGUGGAACUACUUAUGUUAUAACCCCACGCAUGAAGAUAGUUAAAAAGUAAUGAGAUUCUUCCAAAUUAUCGCAAGGCUUCUGUUUGCAUCUGCAGACAGAUGCACAAAACAGUGCAUCAAAUUAAACUUAACAGUUUUUCCCAUUUUCCUAUUUUUACAUUACAUUUAAUUUAUUUUGUUUGCCUUAUUUGUAAUAUAUUUUCUAUAAAAAUAGAGAUAAUAAAGAUAUAUUCCCCUAUAGAUUUUAACUUUAAAUGCAGAGGUCAUUUUCUUUGUGCUCUCUAUUAAUUGUUUGAGUUUUGCAUAUGAAAGAGAAAGUAUAUCUAAAGCUUUUGAAAUUUUGAUUUAUUUUUAAGGUUCCAGAAAACUCAUCCUAUGUCAGAGGUUGUUCUCUCCAUGAUGGAUUUUCCCCUGCUAUUGGUGUUUUUAACACAAGUGGGUUGAAUAUUGAUGACAACGUUAUCUAUUUCACAGUUGGUGAAGGUAAUUUACUCAAUUUUAACACAAGCCAGUUCUCACUUUAUACCUACAUUAAGACAUUGGAUCUGAUUACUAAACACUAGCUGGAAUCAAUCAAACCAGUAGGGAACUGAGUACAUGUGCUUUAUGAAUUGCUUUGGUCUUGAUAAAGAUUUUAAAAGAGAAUAAAUUGUCACCUGCAUGCCUUGUUUUUCUUCUAAAUAACUUAAUUUCCUAUGGCACGUAAACAUUGAUCACUAUGCAUACCGUUUGUGAUCAAUCGGUUUUGGAAGAGACUGUCUGUGCCAGUCUCAGCACAGUAAAAACUGUUUUUUGUUUUUUUAGAAAGGGCAAUGUUUACAUUGCUACUGAACUCCACCUUUAGUGGAGCCAAAAGAGGAACUUCCUAGUUGCAAUCCUGCAAAGAUUGCAGGACCAACAUUCAGCAUCUUCCCACAGGCAAGCAUACAGUCAAUACAUCUAAGUUAGGAGAUGCUGAUUGGUGCAGUACAACGAUUACAGUGAAUUCACACUAGUUUCCACAAUACCUCCCUAUGGGGAGGCAUUGUAUUCCCUGCAAUCAUCAGUAAUGAGACCGGCACAUUUUAUUUUAUUGCUGGGGGAGGGCUGAAUCUAACUAGGUAGCCUAACACUUGAACAUCAGGAAAAUGGUUUGAACACUUUUUAUUCUUCAGAUAUAUUAUAAAUAGAUGCUUGUCAUAUGCAGAUUUAUUUCUCCCAAUAUUUCAGGAAUCAGAAUAUGGGGCCAACGUAUUAAAGUGAGAAGGAAUCUUGUAUCACUUUCCGUAUGGCCAGGAUCUUAUCAAGGCAAAGAGCAACCAAACAACACUAUCUGGAAUGCUGCAAUAGAGGUUAUUAUUGUUUUUUUUUAUUAUUGGCCAUAAUAGGGUUUUCCCACAAUGUACAGUAUACACAAAGAAGUUAUAGUUUAUCCACAAGUGAACAUUUCUAAAUUAGUAUUCUACUCCAUUAUCUUAAUCUUGUGUUAUUACAUUAUUGGUUAUUUUCAGAAUGCCAAAUAUACUAGAAAUAUCCAUAAUUUAAUUUGUGUUGUGCUUCUGUUACAUUAGUAUAAAUUCUAUGUAACUGGUUUGUGUUCUUUCUUUCUAGAUCAAUAAUGGCAUUGACAUAGUAUUACAGAAUAACAUAGUUGCUGGUUUCGAAAGAGUUGGAUAUCGUAUUAAUGGAGAACCUUGCCCAGGUAAGAAGACACCAAUUUAAAUACAUGCUUUUUGGUGGAAGUUAUAUAGUUUUCUCCCGGGUUCCCUGUUCUUAAACAUCUGUCUUAAAUAAAAACUAUGUCCUAUACGUAGGAUAUUUGCAAAUUGUUACAGCUUAGAUAGUUUUGGGAUCAAACUACUUUAAGUGUCAUUAUUGUGGAUAUACCGUAUUCUUAAAACCAAAUGCAGUAACUUAACAAGUAUAUCAUUUGUAAUUCAGAUCUUGUCUUAUUUAAUCCAAUGUAAAAUAUUUGUCAUGUAAUGUAAAUUCCUUACUACAGUCACUUUUUUUUAAUGAAAUCAGGCUCUUUGAUAAUAUAAAUGUUCACAUAUCAGCUUGUAACUCGCUGUCACUACUUGUUAAAUGUGGCAGCCAAUAAACAACUGCUACUCAUUAAAAGUAGGAACAGGAAUUUUUAGCAUAUAGCGGCUGACCCAUAGAAAGAAUAUAAGCACACCCUUAGAGACUUCUGAGUAAGUCUUUAUACAAUUCCAAUUUUGCACCCACAUGCAAGGGUACCCAAAGGGGGCAACUUCACUGUCUUAUGAUGUGCUGGUCUUGAAUAGCUUUCUAACAUUCCCUUUCUUCAUAUUUCUACCACCUAGUUAUUAGAUACAGUUUUCAUGAUUUUCUUAUACUUAUCAUAAAUGUUUAGUUUUUUAGCACAGACAUUCAAAAAUGCAAUUAAUAAUAAUUCUCAUUUCAAAGAUGCAAAUAACACCAAUAUAGAAUGGCUCAACAAUGAAGCCCACGGGGGAUUAUAUGGUGUGUAUAUGAAUAAUGAUGGACUUUCUGGGUGUUCACAAGUGAGAAGAUUCCUUGUAUGGAAAUGCUGGGAUUAUGGUAUUUACACUCAGGUAAUUUCUAAAUAUAUCUGAAGAUUAUUUAUUUAUUAUUGCAAUAUCAAAUUUGUGAAAUAAAAUACUCAAAAAAAGCCUUAAUACAAAGUUACAAACAAGCAUCAUAACCACUACAGGCUGCUGUAUUGGUUAUGGUGACAGGUGUACCUUGGUCCAGUUUGCUGGUAAUGGGGCAAACCAAUCACCAAUGCUUUGCCUUAUUACUUGGAUCUUCACUGGUUUCCAAGGCUCCUUUCCCCCCUGGUGAUGCGCUUCUGGGUUCUGCAGGGCUGAAGAAGCCAGUAGUCAAUCCAGUACUCAUUCAUUGGUUGAUAGCAUCAGCUGAUGAAUCUCAUGCAGUGUAUGGCACACUGUUACAAACAUUUGUUUUGUAGCAACUGGCUGUCAUCCUUUCUUAAUUUGUUUCCUGAUAAAAUAUUUUUCUAAUUAAUGAAGAAUGUCCUUAGCAUAGUGAAUUCUGUGAAUGGCUGUUUCAGUAAAAUACCAUAAACUGGAGAUUUAUAUUUUAAAUUUGGAGUGUGAUCUUCAGAUUAGAGAUAUAGAGGAAUUUUCCAGUUCAGUUGUGACUUUUCCAGGUAUUUAAUAGCAAGUGAGCAUUCUAACUUGCCUAUUUUUAAUUAUACUGCUCUGAAAACUAUAAAUUUAAUACUAGACUGAGACCUGCCAGUAUCGGCUUUGUAACUUUCUAUUACCAGUGUUACCAGUGUAAUUUUAAUGCCUGUUGUGUAGUGAUUGCCUGAGAACAUCAAGCAGCCAACUAGAAUACAAGGAACACUUCCAUAAUUUUUAAUACUUUAAUAUAAUAACUAUGUUAUUAUAUAAUCAUCAUUUUUUUUAAAUUCAAAUUUGAAUUAGUUUUAUGAAAGAAAAUCAAUUACCUCUCUUUCCCACUCCAUGUAAUCUGGCACUUUGCAUAUUUUAUUUAACUGUCUUUUCAAAAUCAGGUUACAAAAAAUGAAGCAGGCAGAAAUAUCACACAAUCUCAAAAAUUACAAACAUUUAUAUAUAUAUAUAUAUGAAUUAAAUAAAAAGGAGAUGUUCAUUUUUAAUAUAAAGAUUAUACAGAGAAAUUGUUAUCAGUUAUCUGGGAAAUAUAUUUUUUUAUUUAAGCUCUUUACAAUUUGUUACUCAAUAAAAGAAAAUGUUGGAAUGGUUGACAUUAAUUAACCUGUUUGCUACACAGAUUUACUAACUAUGAAAUAUUGCUUACAGACAGCAGACAGCGUGGUGAUCUCUAACGUGGUCCUUGUCGAUAAUGGGAUGGGCAUACUUCCUAUUGUGUUUGGUCCUCCAGCAAGCUCUCACCAGACAUCUAAGAAAACUAUUACUAUCCAGGUGAGUGAAUGAUAUUUACUGCUCUCAUUUCACAAAAUUAAAAGAUCUUUAGAGCAAAAAGAUAUAUUAAUCACAAAAGACUAAAUAUGAGUCCAACUUUUAUAAUACUUAUAACUUAUGUAAUAGUAAGCUGUGUUGGUGCAGAUUAGAAUGAAUUACUGUUAACUGAGGAGGACAACAUUUCGUACCAAAAAAAGAAAACAUGAGAAGAACUGCACUUUUUGUCACAACCGUGAAAUUACAUUGAGACAACCGUUUUAGUCACAGAGUGAAUAUCUUGUCCACAUAAACAAAAUCUACCAAACUAUGUACAGUGAUUCUGGAGAUAUUCUAUGAUUUCCUAUGGUUUUGAUCCAGUGUAUAGCAAUUCUUUAGAUGGUGCCAUCUGUAUCCAGACACAAUAAUAAAAAUGCAGUUUUUAUCACUAUCACCAAAGUAUCACUAUAAAGACAAAUAUAUUAAGCACAGAUGUGGAAUUUCCCACCCAUCACCACCGAGAAUAAUAAGGAAAAUAGCUUCAGACUUUUCUUUGCCAUUUAUUGAUGAUGUAUAAUAUUAUUUCAAAUAUGUUCUCCCAUUGAUAUAAAUGAAUCAAAGUAUUAAAUAAUGAUGGAAACUUCCUUGAUCUUAAGAGACUACAUUUGGAAAUUGUGCUUUAUCUUUUGUAUCUGUUCCACAUUAUAUGAAAUGUUGCAAUCUAAGCCUAUAAAUGUACAAAUCUGACUUUUGUACUAUAUGGGGCUCCUACAGAGGUUGCACUUGGCUUCCGCAUGAUCAUGGCAGCACUCACAAAAACUCAAGUAGGCAAAUUUUUACCUGGUAACAGAAGAAAUAAUAUUGCAAAAGUUAUUUUGAUAUGUGUAAUAUUCAGCUGAACAUUCCGCAUUUUUUCAAGAAAGUAAUAAAAUAUUUUGUAUAUUUUCAGAAUUCUGUGCUUGUUGGAAGUAGUCCAUCAUUUAAUUGCAAUGACACUCUCAAUGUCACUGAAAGUAACAUGAAGCUCUCUGCACAACAUCGUAGUCCAAGACCUCCAGCAGGUAACAGAGUUCCUUAUUGGAGAAGAAGUGGCAUUUUAUCUUCCCCAGCAUUAUAUGUGCUGUCCUUUCCUCAAAGCUUUAAAUAUACGUGCUAGUCCUCUCCAUUUAUCCAUUACUCUAUGUCUGUUUCUUUAACCAUCUACAGUAUCUUCCAUCAUCAUCUAACUUAAUUAGUUAUGUAACAUAUGUUUAAUUAUUAUAAUAAUAAAACACAAUCUAAUUAUGUUUCCAUUCCAUAAGCUAAUUACACUUAAAUAUCAGAUUUAUGAUAAAUGUUUUAUAUAAUUGUUAUACAAAUAGCAUUUUUUGGUAUUUAUUAAUUUAACUAAUCAAUUUUUAGUCCAGAUAUUUAACAUUAAAAAUCUAAAAAAAAAACACACAAACACACAUACUGUUCCUUAAAUAACCCUAGAACACAAUAACGGCUCCUCUACAUCCUCUGUGAGAACAGAAAAAAUAAUUUGAACGUUUGGUAAUUUAAUUAAUUUAAUUCUAUUGCUCUUGUAAAUGUAUGUGAAAGUUUCUGGAACAGCACUGAUAUAGUAAUAGUCACACUUUAAAUGUCAAAUACGUAUAUUACAGGUGGAAGAAGUGGUAUCAGCUGGCCAACAUUUGCUUCGACUCAUAACGGUGCACCAGGAAACCCCCAUGCAGGAAUCACAAGCUACAAUGCAAUUAGUGGUCUAAUGACUGUGACAGGUAUAUGUAUAUUGUGACAUGCAGAACAACUAACAAAUCUUGAAGGUUGUAAAAUGUUGUUCAUCAGGCUUCAAGCAAAUUGCGAUUCAUCAGAAUUUUGGGCAUUUGACAGUUUGUCUGAAUUCCUAGAAUCACUAAACAAACAAAGUAAUUUGUGAAUCAGUGUUACAUCUGUGAGUUCAAAAAAAUAUAGUUGAUCAGAAAAAAGUAUGAUUAAUUGCUAUUGGACAACCAGUAAAUGUUUGUUUUAUUCACAGAUCAAGGGAGAAGAGACCAAUAGAAGAGAGAAAGGAUAAGCAGUAAAAAAAACAUACAUAAAAAAAUUAUUAGCAAUAAUCUUUUUUUUUUUUGCUCCUCUUUUGUUUCAUUGGUUACUUCUCACUUGAUCUGUGAAUAAAAACUCUAGUAUACAAUUGGCAUGAAAUGAUUAUCAGGGAGCUAAAUAAAAGUGCUGAUCAUACUAAAGUGGAAUAAAAAAAAACACAAAAGAAGAAUAAGCAGUUUAAUAGCUAAAUUUGACACGUGCGUAAGUGAGUUCCUUGGAUAUGAAAUAACUUAACAAUUGUCCAUGGUAGAUUGUGUCCACAUUAUGUCAUACAUGUAGGUUGAUAUGGUGUCCUCACCUAAAUCAUUACUCUGUUGAUUUAAUAGUUUAACUAAUAGAAAUACAUUAACAUUUUUAAUAUGUUUGUUAUCCUUUUGAAUAUUUUGUUUUAUUUCAUUAUCGUUCAUGAUUACUUUUACAAAUUCACCAGACCCUUUCACUUGGUAAUAUAUGGUACCAUUCGUGCAUGAUAAUAUGUUUAGUGUAAAGGAACUUCACUCUUUAAUACAGAGUAUUAAUUAAUUAUAAUUGUAAAUGUGCUAGUCACUAGCUGUUUCUAUAUUUUGGAUUUAAACUGGAUGCAUUUGUGAAUCUAUCCAAUGUCAAUUUUCUUUCAAGAAUAACAAUAUGUAUUUCUCUCUCAGACACCAUUUUUGCGGAAUACAGAAACGUCUGUUCAGUGGAAAGCAAUGUGAUAUUCAUGACAAACCCCCUCAAUGAAGACUUACAACAUCCAGUGAUGGUCUUCCAAAUACAAACUGUGAAUUGUGCAGAAGACCAGAAAGUGUUUAUCCACAGACCCGAUCCAUCGUAUGUUGUUUGGUGCUACAUUUAAAUAGCUGCCUCAUCACCUCUUCUUUAUUUAUUUUCUUUAUAAUGAUACUGUGGACCACUUUAUACUUUUCUUACCAGUUGCAGUAUUGAUGUUUAUAUAAUGCUUCCUUAUUUUCCUCUUAUAGUUCCUCUUUCCACAACUGGAAUACUCAAUAGGGUACAUGGUAUUCUAGACAAUCAAAUAAUUAAAUUCCACUACCUCUUGUAUGUUGAUGACAACCCAAUUCUCAUAGUAUCCAGUCCACUACUUCACUAAGUUGUCUGUCUUGCCUUCUACAAUUCUGUGUAUACAGUCAUUACACAAACCCUUUCAAUGCAACAGAGCAAAUCCAUUAAUUGCUUUGAAGCUUUCUGGUUUCAUGUUAUAUAUAGAUUUUGUACAGUAUAUGCACAAUGUGAGAAAUUGUAUAGGUUCACUCUGUUAUAGCUGGUAGGUUUACAGCAGUAUAGCUUAUUUUCUACACAGGAAGGAACAUGAAGGAACAAGGGCAUUGGAUACUAUAAAAAGACCAUAGGCAGUUAGAGGACUACUCCAGGCACCAUAAUAAUCUCAGUGACAUUGUUAUGUGAUCUGGUGGUCCUUGGCAUUCAUACCUUUCUAAAGCAUUUAUCUCAAUGGAACUAAGUUUAACUCAUAAGGUAAGAUGUCUCCCAGAGUCUCCAGACGUCACAGGGAUUUUGGUAAGAUAAAGUCAUUAAGCUGCCUAUGGUGGUCUGUUUAGAUGUCUGAAGUGCUGCUUUAAUUUCCAAUAACAUUAUGGAUCAUCUGUAGUGUACAAUAUAACUAUUAUUAUGAAUGUAUACUUAAUGAUGUAUACUUUUCAUUAAGCAAUAAUACAAAAUAUGUCCCUAAUUACCAUUCAAACAGUUGUCUUUCUUACUUCUGUUAUUCUUUACUCACCUUCCAUUCUCACUCUCUCUUCACAUAUCACAUAUUACAUAACAUUGGAUGUUAUCUUUGAAUCACAUUAUACUUAUCUCUAUUUCAGAAAAGCAACCCCAUCUGGCUGUGUAGACAUGGUCUGUGAUGCAAAGAGGAAAGCACUUUUAAAGGAUUUGGAUGGUACUUUCCUUGGUAGCAUUGGUUCUGUUAUCCCACAAUCAGAAUAUCAGUGGAAUGGGUUAGCAUCCUAUGGGCUUGGUGAUUCUCGUAUUCCUAAAGUCAUGCUGACUAAUCUUAAUGGAAGCAGCAUUAAUGUCUCCCAAGUGGCACCAUAUCAAGGUACAGAACUUAUGUGAAGAUGUUAGCAGCCUUAUAGUGAACACAAAACUACAUACACACCUUGUCCCCACACAACUGUUUUGGAGGUGUACAUAGAGAAAAAAAUAUAGUUUACUUCAAAACAUGAUAUUUGAAUCUUAUAAAUGAUAUAGGAACAUAUCUAAGAUAUUUUAUGUUGUUAUGAUUACAUAAAGUAGUAAAUGAAAAGUUUAACAAGGGAAAUGUGUCACAUGACCCUUUAUUCUUCUGCAUAGGGGCACUAAAAGAACAUUUCAAAUGAGGAGCACAGUUAACCCAUUCAUUUCCCAAACCAAGUAUAAACAUUAUCAUUUUCAUGUAUUUUGUAGUAUGAAAUCUUGUCCAUAAAGCUUAAUUUAUACUCUUAUUAUGAUUACUAGACUGUAAUGGAGCAAAUGUAUUUGCCACAAGUCACAAUUCACUAAUAUAAUGCCUGUAAAUUUGCUAAGAAUUUAAAGAACACUAUAGUCACCUAAACAACUUUAGCAUAAUGAAGCAGUUAUAGAUCAUGCCUCCCAGGUUUUACUGCUCAAUUUCACUGCCAUUUAGGAGUUAAAUCAUUUUGUUUCUGUUUAUGCAGCCCUUGCCACACCUUCCCUGGUGAUGAUUGACAGAGCCUGCAUGAAAAACCAAAAAUGGUUUCACUUUCAAUCAGAAUUAAUUUACCUUUAACAAGUUAUUCUCUUGUUCUGUAAAUUGAACUUUAAUCACAUACAGGAGGCUCUUGCGGGGUCUAGCAAGCUAUUAACAUAGCAGGGGAUAAGAAAAUCUCAAUUAAACAGAACUUGCAAUAAAGAAAAGAUAAACUUUAGAUGACUCUUUACAGGAAGUGUUUAUGGAAGGCUGUGCAAGUCACAUGCAGAGAGGUAUGACUAGGGUUCAUAAACAAAGGGAUUUAACUCCUAAAUGGCAGAGGAUUGAGCAGCGAGGCUGCAGGGGCAUGUUCUAUACACCAAAACUGCUUCAUUAAGCUAAAGUUGUUUGGUGACUAUAGUGUCCCUUUCAGCACAUCCCUGCUUUCAAACAGUACAUGGAGUUUCAAAAAGAUCAUAUUGUUCCUGCGGUCAGGGAAGAGGAAGGAGUGAAUGGACUCUACCCUUUUACUGUCAGCAUUACGUAAGCAGUCUAGAGAUUGAUGAAGGUUGCCAUAGCAGUUUUAAAUAUCUAAGAGCUAUAAGAUGUAACUGUAUUUACUGUAUGUGGAUAUUGUGUUCAAAUACAGUAGCUAUUUUUAAGUCUUGUUGACAUUUUAGUAAGCUGUGCUGCUAGUAAUGUAUCCAGGGUGCUUGCAAAGACCUAUAAGUAAGAUAUUUCAACAUUUUUAUUUAUGAAUUUUGGUCACAUUUACUGUAUGGGAGAAAUUGGGGUUUUUUUUUGCUUUUACACUAACAUUUCAGACCCUGUGUGAAAUACUGCAAGAUAAAGGACAACACUUUUAAUUUCCCAAAUAUUCAAUUUUAUUUUUAUAAAGAAUGAACAAAUAAGUGAAAAAUUUUAUUUCAGAACAAUUAUUUAACUAACCUUUUUUAAGUUUGUCUGCAAAGCAAUCUAUACACCCAAUUGCUGUGUUAUUAUGUUUAUAGCUAUUAAUCUCUUGCUUCAAAUAAACAUUAUGCUAAUAAUUUUCUUAAUCAAAAAGUGCUUGAUAGUGAAGGACUUAAUAAAAAUAUAGACAUACACCAGGCUUGUCCAAAGAAUUGUACAGAAGAUGUAAUCAAAUAUCUGUAGAGAAACAGACCAAUCCCUAUUCUGAUACCAUUUCCAUAAUUAGUCUGUCAUUUUGGUCAAACAAACAUGAGAGUUACAUCAGUGAAUACUCUGACUUAAAUACUAGGCAUAUUGCUAAAGCUUAAUGCACUAGCAACUGCCCCCCAUACUGCAUUCAUAAUCAAGGCAACCAGUAAGGAAAAACACUUAGACAAGAGUUAAAAUAAUCACAAGUGGUUCUAUCAAGAGGACAUAGUCUUAAAUUAGAGGGACAAAGGUUUAAAAAUAAUAUCAGGAAGUAUUACUUUACUGAGAGGGUAGUAGAUGCAUGGAAUAGCCUUCCAGCUGAAGUGGUAGAGGUUAACACAGUAAAGGAGUUUAAGCAUGCGUGGGAUAGGUAUAAGGCUAUCCUAACUAUAAGAUAAGGCCAGGGACUAAUGAAAGUAUUUAGAAAAUUGGGCAUACUAGAUGGGCCGAAUGGUUCUUAUCUGCCGUCACAUUCUAUGUUUCUAUCAAGAGGACAUAGUCUUAAAUAUAUAUGAUGUAAUAUAUAUACAAUCCUAAUCUGAAGAUCCUCCAGUAGAUGGCACUCAAUCAGUGAACUGUACGUAGAAUAAAAAUAAAUAUUAUUAUUCUAUGUACACUUAUUGAGUGCCAUUUACUGGAGGAUUUACAGAUUACGGUUGUAUAUAUCUAGCAUCAUAUAUAUAAUACUGCUCCACUUGUGAUUAUUUUCGUGGUUUAUUUUGUUCUUUGUGCAGUGGAAUUGCACUUAAGUGUGUAGCAGACAUUUAUUAAGUCAAAAAGUGCUUUUUUAUUGGCCAAUUUAAGAGCAACAUUGUAUAUAUGUGUGCAUAUAUGUGCAAGUUGUACUUAAAGAGUAUAGUCACCAGAACAACUACAGCUUAAUGUAGUUGUUCUGAUGAGUAUAGUCAGUCCCUGUAGGCUUUUUAAUGUAAGUACAGCCUUUUUAGGGAGAAUUCAGUGUUUACAUUAAAGCCUAGGGACACCUCCAGUGGUCACUCCUCUAGUGGUCACUCCUCAGAUGGCCACUAGAGGUGCUUUCUGGGUCUGUGCUUUCUUUUUUUGCAAAAUGAAGAUAAUAACUCUGUAAUAACUGCAUGUCAAGCUGUCUCCAUAAACUGUAAUAACAAAUAUUGCUUAUAAAUGUUAUAAAUGUUUUAAAUGUGAACUUUUGCAACUGUUCUGUUCGCACUCACUGCAUAUUAACAGCUUUUGUUUCAAAAAAGUAAAAAUGUUGUAUGUGUUCCACUUUAAGGGAUUAUCAGAGAUCCAUCAUGUGCAUAUGUGCCAACCUGGGAAAGUUACAAAUGCACAGGAUUAAAUUAUGAAAUCCUGGUAAUUGAGAGUCUCGAUCCUGACACAGAGACUAGACGACUUUCACCAGUAGCUGUGCUGGGAGAUGGCUACAUAGACAUUAUUAGUGGUAAGAACAUGCUCAUAUGUAAGAUGAAAAACAAUUAUAUUUCAGCUUGAAUUCCAAUAGUGUCAUUUGAUAUUCAUAUUUCAACUGGGUAUAUUUAAUGUAGACCAGGGGUAGUCAACCUGCCCCCUACCAGACACUAGUGGGCAGUUUGGGAUUUCAGGUGAGCAAUGGUGGGUUCUGCAGAAAAUGGCUGGUUGUCCUCAAUGUCCAUGGACCAAGGCCACAGGGGAGAUCCUUUCAUCUCCCCUGCCAGCCCAUGCAAAGCCAGCCUUGCUGUAAGCCCACUCAGGCUGGUGAGGAGAUAAAAUAUCUCCCUCACUGGCCUGCUGGCACUUAGUUCCAGCAGAGGGAGGGAAGGGCUUGGGAGGAUCUGUGUUCCUCCCACAAGUAGGAUGUUCGAAGCGUUGCCAUGUGUUACCAUGGCAACGCUCCGAUACAGUGCUGUGCUCGCAGCAGGACAGGAGAGACAGCCUGCAGCAGGAGGAGCUGCAGGCUAACGUGAACAUGCCACCACUGGACCACCAGGGCUUGCAACAUUAUGUCCCCCCUCUCUGGUAAAAGGUAAGAAGAAGAUUUCCACAUCUAAACCACCUACACAAAGCAUAGACCCUAUGCACCAUUCACACACACUACACCCCUCACACACACUACCACACACACACAGACUGCCCCCUCACACACACACUGCCCCCUUGCACACACUGCCCCCACACACACAUUACCCCACACACACACUCUACCCCUCAUGCAAUCCACCCUUCAGACACACUUCCCCCUCACACAUGCAAAGCACCCCUCACACAUGCACAGCAACCUUCACAAAUGCACAGCAACCCUCACACACGCACAUCAUCCCUCAACACACAUGCACAGCACCCUUCACACACACCCACUGCACCAUUCACACACUGCCCCCUCACACACACUACACGCAUAACACACUGCACCCUUCAAACACACACUGCACCAUUCACGCACACAAACACACACACACACACAUACACACAUUCUACACUCUUCACACCCUUCACACACACACAGCACCCUUUACACACAUAGCAGCUCACAGACACAAAUAGAAAAAAAUAGAUACAUUUUAUUACAUAUCUAAAAAAAAAAACCCUCAUUUGUAAAAUUAAAUAUCGCACUUGCGCUAUAAGAUUAGUUACCGCUGCACUGGUGGGCGGUAAGGAAAUUUUACAAAGAUACAAAAGUGGGUGGUAGGUAUUAAAAGGUUGACUACCGCUGAUGUAGACUGUAAGUGUGCUCAAGAACCUAUUGCUCCUUUAACAUUUUUUAAUUGUCUCACGUAGUGCUACAUUUCCCCCUUUAUAAUAUUGUAAAGCGUUGACAAGUUUUUUUGAGAACAAACACUCAAAAAAAAAAAAAAAAUUAUUCACUUGCCAUAAAAUAUUGGUUUUUUUUUGUUCCUUUAUUUUCAGAAAUUAAACUACUUAAAGGAGCACUAUAGUGCCGAGAAAGCAAACUUGUUUUCCUGGCACUAUAGGGUCAGUACGUCCCCUCCCUCCUUAGAGCCCCUCUCCCGCUGGCCUGAAGUGGUUAAAAUCCCUUCAGCCAUUUACCUUUCUCUAGCGCCGGACUCCCUCUGUGCUGGGGAACUCUCCACCCUCUGCCGACGGGAGAUCCGAAUGCGCAUGAGCGGCAAGAGCCGCGCGCGCAUUCAAACUGCCCAUAGGAAAGCAUUACUCAUUGCUUUCCUAUGGAUGUCCAGUAUCUUCUCACUGUGAUUUUCACAGUGAGAAUCACGGAAGCACCUCUAGUGGCUGUCAGUGAGACAGACAUUAGAGGCUGGAUUAACCUUCAGUGAAACAUAGCAGUUUCUCUGAAACUACUAUGUUUUCAACUGCAGGGUUAAAACUAGAGAGACCUGGCACCCAGACCAGUUCAUUCAGCUUUAGUGGUCUGGGUGCCUAUAGUGGUCCUUUAACCCCUUAAGGACCAAACUUCUGCAAUAAAAGGGAAUCAUGACAUGUCACACAUGUCAUGUGUCCUUAAGGGGUUAAACAUUGUACAGCUGUUAAGUGUGUUAAAUGGACAGCCUGACCCCUAAAGGUUGUUAAAAAUGCUUUAUGUGUGAAGAAUGUGUAAUUUUUGUUUCAUUUUACAAAAACUGCUUAUUUUACUAGAAAUUCACACUUUUAAAAAAUUAACCUUAUUACACCCCUAGCUGUUAAGUGGACAGUUCAGUUGUGAAAAACUCAAGAGGCAGGCAAAAUCCAUGCUUUGCAAAAACUUCUCAUUGGGCUGCACUGGGAAGCCUGUGGUUGGACAGCCAAAUAUAUAAGUGAAUGGUUUGCAAAUGCUGCAAACAAAAGAUCUGCAGCUUUUGCAAGGUGUUUUUAGAUAUUCCCCCAAUGAAAACAGAAUAAUUUUGGAUUUAUCUACAAAAUAUUGAUUUGUAUUUAUUUUUUAUUUAUUUGGGCAGUGGAGUGAUCCUUUAGGGUUUUGAUUUGUUCAUUCCUCUGUCUCAUUGCAUUACAGAGAGUAUUACUUUUUAAAACAUUUAGCUCACAUAUUGGUAGCAUAAUGAUUUCCACAUGUUGAUUUUAUAACACGUCCUUAUUUUUAACAUUUGUUUUGCUAAAGGACCUCAAAACCACACUUCGUGCAACGGAUCCAAUUGUGAGAAAAAGCGAGUUUCAUUGUUCCACUCAAUAGUGGCAACGAACAAAUCUUUUGAUAUUUACUUCUCCACUGCCAGUCCUCAAAAUCUGAGGCUAAUGCUACUGAACUGUGCCAGUACCAAGGUAAGCCAAGGGCAUUUUUGUAUGCCAUGACAUUUUUGUAAAGGAAACUAUUUCCAUAUUUGUGUGUUAACUAAAUUAAUGUUAUCUGGUAAAAAAUGAUAUAUAGAAUAUAAUAAUAAUUUAUUUAUUUUUUAACAGAAACGUCACUUUUUGUCACCAACUGCUUUAUUUAGUAAACCCUGAACAGUGCUGAGUUGGUGAUUGGUUCACAUUUUCUGAUCUGCAUAUUGUUACCAUCUUGAAAAUGUUGGUCUAAAUAUUUUAAAUGCGCAUUGGUUUGACAUAUUACCAGGGUCCUGCCUGUGCCACGUCUGGCCUCCUAUAGCUGGAGAAGCUGAAUGUUUCUUUAGAGCAAAGUACAGCCAAUGCAGGUUCUCACUUACUGGCAGAAAGUGUUUAGUUGACUGUACCAUAUUUUAAAUAUCAAUAGAAUGGUCAAAAUGGCAAAAAAAACAACAAUGUAGCAUUCUGUGAAAUAUAUAUAUAUAUAUAUAAAAUAAUAGACUCUUCGACUGAAGGUGCAGAAUUCACUCAAGGCAGUUAAACUGAAUUUAAAAAUAUAUGACACAUUCAGAGUAGAUGUGAACAUGAAUCAUAUGGAUUUUCAUUUGGAUAUUUUUUUUACAUAUAAGAAAAAUAAAAUAUUAUUGUUAAUUAUAUUUUCAGUCUGUUCGAGUGGGAAUUUUUUUCCCAAAUCCUCAGCGUCUGGAUGUGUAUGUGAAUGGUAUCUAUGUAUAUCCAACUAAUGCAAAUAUGACUAAUAAUGGAACAAGUUUCACAUUAAACACCCCAACGUAUGAAGGUAAUUAUACUGUUUUAUGUGUCUUAAAACAAAUUGAUGUUGAAGUUUUAAUAAUUUUUUGAUGUAUGAGUUCAAUAAAUGUACAGAUCAUUGUAAAAUAGAAGUCAGGUUUUAUUAAAAAUAUGUAAGUUUAGAAUUUUCACUUAGGAUUUUCAUUGAAGAGUGAUGGUAGAUUAAUGGAAUCUUUCUGCAACUUGGCAAAUAGUUUGAAAGAAGUGUUUGGGAGAGAAGAUGUUAAGGAAUCAAGUGUUGCCUUAUACAGGGAAUUAUCAUUAGCACAUGUACUAAAAAUGCAAAGAGUAGAUACAGGAGAAUAGAUAAUUUGUUCUCCAAAGAACCAAGGCAUAUGAAAAUUUUUAAAGAUAAAUAAUAUUGCAAGUUGUUCUAAAAUAUAUAGAAUCAUUUGGAAAGCCUAUUAAAUCUAUGUCUAUGUUUAGGUAAACUUAUAAUAAUAAAAAAAUAAUAAAUUUUUAUAUUUUAAUAUAAAAUAUUAAUUGUUAUCUGUGAUGUUACUGUUUUUGAGGAAAUCUUUUUUUUCUAUUUUUACAGGACAAUACCUGCCACAGCUCACUUCCAAUGUUUCAGGAGAUAACUUUUUGGAUGAAACCUACAAAAUGUUUUACACCGUAGUUAAAGGAUCAACCCCCAUUCAAAUUUAUACAUCGCCUUUGAUUGCUGUAACUUUCAAACUGCCUGCAAUGGCAGUAAAUCAGUUCAAGAGUGAUGAUUUUCUUAAUAAACUCGCUACAUUCCUUAAGAUCUCAUCAAGCAAACUCCGUGUUAAAAAAAUUGUGGAAGACGGAAGUCGAAGGAGGAAGAGAGCCACGGGAGGACUCACUGUACAAGUGGAAAUUGCAGAUCCACCUUCCACACAAAGAACCGAUACAUCUACAACAGGCAAGAUUCUAUUUCUAUAAAUUAACUCUAAAGUAAUAACAUGUUUGCUUAGGAAUCAGGAAUGAAAAAGUAACAUGUAACAUUAUCUGUUUGCCUAUCUGUCACACAUAAAGUGAGAUUAAGUUGCAUUAUGGAACUUAAGGGCAGGGUGAGGUACAGAAAUAAACAAAAGAGGCUGAAGGGUACAUUGAGGUUAAAAGUAGAUAAGAAAAAAUGUGUUAGUAUAGAAUUCAGGGUUUGCUUCUAUAUGGAUGGGGUGAAAUUCUUUUGUAUAUGAAAAAAAAAAUCAUAUUUAAAGUAAUGUGCCUUGUUUGAAUGAUAAUCAACUAAUUUGUGGGACUGUUCUUAAAACAUUGGUGGAGGAGAGAGAAUUGCUGAAAGGAACACUAUACCAUUAGGAAUACAUAUCUGUAUUCUUAAAGCUCCAGUGCUGGUGACAAAAUAAAUUAAAAUAACAUUAGUUACUCACCUUUUCUCUUUUCGGGACUGCCACAAAGUUCUCCUCGAGUGACAUCAUGCUGGAGGUGUGCCUCUAGAAUGACGGUCUAAUCCAAUGCUCCUUGAAUGUUUCUUUGAAGUGUCCCUUAUGCAUUAAGAUAAUCUGUAAUAAUAUCAGCAUGUUAUAAUCUGUCUUUAUAUGCCCUGCUCUCUUUAGGUGGCUUGACAUUCUCAAAUUUUACAACAAUGAGCCAGACCCUAGCAGCAGCUUUAAUUAAUGGAAGUUUAAGUUCACAACUAAACGUUACUGUUUCUUCGAUAUCUGUUUCUACCCCCAUUCCUUCUUCAAGUGAUCCAAGCUGGAGUCAGGUAAAUUACCCUAAUAUUAGUAGACUUUACUUUUUUUUUUCCUGUCAUUUUUCUUUCAUUUGCAUUUUAUUAGUUUUCAAGGAUAGGCAAUGUUACAGUAAUACAUUAGAAAACACUGUUGUGAGGUUCCAGAGCAGUGGACCAUUCCAAACAGAAGAUAUAAUUUAGUCAUACAGUACAUUGACAUGUUAUACAGAGAUAUACAGCAAGAUAAUAUUGCAGUAGUAUACAGAAAAAAUAGGAAAGCAGUGUAGUAACUAGAAACUAACUAAACUAACCAUUGUGCACAAGGUCUCCCUGAACAUUGUUGUCAGUUAGGACAGUAACCGUGCCAUCUAACCUAUCCCCCCAACACAACCAUAUGACUGUUUUUUGUUUGUUUUCCCCCUCCCACAUAUUGCAAUAGUCAGAGGAUAAUCUGACUAUGUCUGACCUGUAGUCAAUCCACGGUUGCCAGAUUUCAUCCACUCUGUGCCUCUGUGCCACAGUGGAUGCACCUAUGCGUUCAUGCCCAUACCUUAAAUUCAACUUUUCAACUAGACUUCUGAUAGAUGGGGUUGUUGGUGGUUUCCAAUUUAAGGUUAUAAGGUGGUGUGUGGUCAGAGACAAAUGUUUAAAUAGGGCUGUAUUGUGGUAUGAGUUGUUCCCCUCAGGCAUAAACAGUGAUGCAAAACUUUACACCAAACUCAUUGCCAAUAGGCUUGCAAUAAUUUUGCCUAAACUAAUACACAAUGACCAAUCUGGUUUUAUAAAAACCCAUCAAGGCUCAGACAAUACUAAGAAAACUGAUAAACCUUAUUUCCAACCUUUCUGAGACCAAUGCAGGAGGCUUCUACACAAAUUCGGAUUACCUCCUGCUGCAAUUAAGGGAAUACUGGCACUAUACAUCUUCCCAUCGACUCCUGUAAUCAUGGCAGAUUUUUUGUCCUCCUCCUCCACAUUUCAAACAGCACCCAACAGCAAUGCCCCUUUGCUCAUUAUUCUCACCCUAGAACCAAUAGCUCAGAUGAUAUGUACCCCAUCAGACAUAUCACCCUUUUAAAAAGCUAAAACUUUUGCUCUUGAUCAUUUUUAAGUCAGAUUUAUAGAGGGAGUCAAAGAUUUGGACAGGAUCUGGGGAUACUGGGUGCAUGGAGAUAAUGUCUAUAUUUACCCCUAAACAUCUCUGCGUCAAAUCUACUAUAAGUAUUAAAUAUUAAUCAAGGCGGAAAAUUUUAAUGAAAAAGCUAUGCCAAUCAGUCUACAAACUUGUCUUGUCUUAAUAAACAUUGUAAUGUCUGAGUCAUAAACAGUAACUAAAACUUAGUGGCUUUGUGAUGGAUUGACAUUAACAUAGCUAUUGUUACUGAGUUUGUUUAAUAAAUAUCAUUGAAUUGUCUUCUUAGGUUGCAUCACAGAAUGUAAGCAGAACCCCAUCUUCAAGUGGAAGUUUUCUAAAUACUGUAUCUACGCUUGUUGUCAUUGUUCAACCAGUCGCUGGAAAAUCAGGUCAACCCUUUACCCAGCAACCUUCUCUGAUGGCCCAGGACUCCAAUGUAAGAUUAAUUUAUAGGUCUCUAGUAUUUUUGCUAAUAAUCUAUAUUUUCCAUUAUUUUAUAUAAUAUUGUUUUAUUUAUCUUUAGGGAAAUUGUGUUGAUGUAAGUGUAAGUGCUAUGUCACUAACUGCUAACCUGAAAUACUCCAAUAAUACCUAUGCCACUGCAGGAUUAAGCGGAAAUACCACCAUUUCGUUUACUAGUUGCUGGGCCAACUACACAAAUCUUGUCCUUAAUUUACCAGGUAAAAUUAAUUUAUUUUAUGUAUGUGUUUUACCUAUUUACCGCCGGGUAAGAGUUUAAGCCAAAUAAUGACAGUCUAAUAUGGAAAUACAUACCUCAUGUAAUGAUGACAUAAUUUAACAAAUAUAGCUUUUUUUAAAUAAUUUGGUUAAAUAAUAAGUUAGUAACAAUUGAUUUAAAAAGUUUUAGAUUGAAAAAUUUAUUAAUUUUCCAGGUAAAGGUUAUAUGCUUGAAUUUGUGCUCAACAAUGUCCAUGCGCAGACACGAUCAUUUGAUACCACAGAUUCCUCAACGACAACGACCUCUGGAAGUGAAUCUUUAACCAUCCAAAGUUCUUUCCACUUGUUCAUUGCACUUGUUCUCUGUCUACUCACAAUAAACGGAUUUUUGGACAUUGUAAGCUAAAUAAUUAAAAUGGUAAGUUGUAUUUUUGCUUCAUCCGUAAUUCUGGCAUUCGUACGCAUCAGAAAUAAUUGUAUCUAGUCAUGUCACUAAAUAACCUGUACACGUUUCUGUGACUUGUUUGCCUCCAUUUCACUCUUUCUCUCUUCCCAUUUCAGACUUCUCUCAAGUUCUCUCUAUGAAUCUCCUCUGUAUCUCUGUGGAUCUUUACUGUAUAUCAGUCUCUCUCUCUCUCUCUUAGCCUUUCAAAAGUCCCCAAAACGUUCUUCUUUUCAAAUUAGAUUCACCCUAAUUCUCAUCUAGUACUUCAUGCUAGGAUAGAAUAUGCUUAUUUUCAUCUGUAGCACCUCAUUUUGUAACAAUUUAAACUCUCACUCCCUUAGGUAGGUGGCACUGUGUUAAAUGCAAAGACUGUAUUAAAAUUUUAUUGGAUUUUAAUAAAAACAACUAUGAACAUAUAUGAAUAAUAAACAUUAUAUAUUUUUUUUCCAACAGGUUGAUCACACAAAUUAACCAUCAGAGCAUCAGAGAACAUUAAUUUGGAUACCAAAAAAUGUAAUGUCUCUAUCAUAUAUUAUAUUUUUAAUUCAGGGUGAUUGCACUUUAUCUGCGUGUGUAUAUAACGUUAAUCAGAAAUGACAUCCUAUAUUUCUUGAAAGAUCCUUACCAUUUACAUAUGGCAGCAUGACAGAGAUAUUUUGUAUUCCUUCCACUAGUCGAGACUCUUACCCACUGCAAUUACACAUAAUUGGAAAUAAAAAGUAACUGUCUCAACAAAAUUACAAAAUUUGGAAAGAAAUAAAGUAAAUCAAAGAAACUACUGCAGAUGUAACUUCUGAUUCUAUGUAUAAUAAUUUCUUAUUGAUUAUGCAACAAUCAAAAAAGUGAUAAAUGCAUAUUCUCUCAACUCACUGAAACAAAUAAGCAUACUAAUUGGAAGAGGCAUGCAUUUUCAAAUCUAAAAAUAGAUUUAUUUCUGUAAUUGGUUUUCAGCUUUCAAUAAAGUUUUUCAUGUUA